AUGGCAUCAAUGACCCCAAUCAUUUCUUCUUCCGGCGCGGCCGCGUCAUCAGCAAGGCGGCUAUGGGCCAGCGCAACAACGACGUGCAGCCUUCUCCAAUCGACCACCUCCACAUCCUCCGCGUCCCCAUUAAUACCGUCACAUAGCCAGCGCCUCGCCGACCGCCGGCACCAGUCGACGGCCAACCGCACGAAGCGCGCACUCAACAUUGCACCGCAUGCGUCGUUUCUAACGCGCGGCGGCGGCCGCGACAAGGCGGGCGCGGGGUCGUCGUCGGGCGCGGCCUCCGAGGUGGCCACGGCCUUGGGCACAAUCGAGUCCAAGUCGGCCGCUGGUUCGACGACGACGCUCCUCUACAACCCGCCUGCCAGCGCGCCCUCCGUCUACCAGACGCCUUUUAAAUUCCUGCCCAAGUCCGACCCGCGCCGCCGGUCCAACCUGACGAACCUAUUUGCCAGAACAUCCUCGACUACAGCCUCGACUUCGUCAGCACCGACACCACGGGCACCUGCGUUGGCCCACCGCAACUUUGCGCCUGCCCCGCAGCAGUACCACUUGACGCCCGAGGACGUGGACGAGAUCCGCCGGCUCCGCGCCCAGGACCCCCUUGAGUGGAGCGUGCACCGUCUGGCGCACAAGUUCCAAUGCUCGCCGAUUUUCGUGAUGAUGGUGGUGCGCAGCAGUGCAGAGCACCGGGCGGCGAAGCAGCAGCAAGCGGCAGCGGCGCGUGCGCGGUGGGGCCCGAUCCGGACCAAGGCGCGGGCAGAGCGCGUGAAGCGCCGGGAGAUGCUGUUCAACGGGGAGUUGUAG